AUGACCUUCCGCAGUCCUUUCGCAAUCCCCCGGUUGGUGACCAGUGCCACGUUCGGUACUCGGCCGCUGGCUCGGAGCUGCGUGGCACACAGCAGAAUCCAGCGAUCCAACCUUGCGACGGUGGUUCCGCCCGUCACUCAAGAUGCUACGGGCUCGAAGGGUCCGACGGCGAUGGUUUUCAUGAACAUGGGUGGUCCCUCGACUACGGGCGAGGUGGAGGACUUUCUGAGUCGACUCUUUGCGGAUGGUGACCUUAUUCCUCUCGGACGAUUCCAGCCAUAUCUUGGACCUCUCAUCGCUCGUCGGCGAACACCCAAAAUCCAGAAGCAAUACGCAGAUAUCGGUGGUGGAUCUCCUAUUCGCAAGUGGUCCGAGUAUCAAUGCGCCGAGAUGUGUAAACUGCUGGACAAGAUGUCGCCCGAGACCGCGCCGCACAAGCCCUACGUCGCAUUCCGAUACGCCGCUCCUUUGACCGAGACUAUGUACAACCAACUGCUUGAAGAUGGGUUUGGAAAUGGCAAGGGUGGUCGAGCCGUUGCAUUCACUCAAUACCCGCAAUACUCCUGUUCCACGACCGGAAGCUCUCUGAAUGAGCUGUGGAAGUGGCGCAACCGCCUGGAGGGCAAGCGCGCAAACGGAGAGGAAGACCCGACCGGCUCGAUCCAGUGGAGUGUCAUCGAUCGGUGGCCAACACACCCAGGUCUUGUCGAGGCUUUCGCCCAAAAUAUUGAGGCCCAGUUGAAGACCUAUCCUGAAGAGAAGCGGAGCCAAGUCAUUUUGUUGUUUUCUGCUCACAGUCUGCCCAUGGAUGUAGUCAACCGAGGUGAUCCCUACCCUGCCGAAGUGGCCGCCACUGUUCACGCUGUCAUGCAACGCCUGAAGUUCAGCAACCCAUACCGUCUCUGCUGGCAAUCCCAGGUCGGCCCCAAGGCCUGGCUGGGAGCUCAGACCCAGGAUACCGUCAUGGAGUAUGUGAAGCGCGGCCAGUCGGAUCUCAUUCUUGUGCCCAUCGCUUUUACCAGCGACCAUAUCGAAACCCUGUACGAGUUGGAUUUGGAAGUCAUGGAGGAGGCCAACAGCCCCGGUGUGAAGCGGGCUGAGAGUUUGAACGGAAAUCCGGUCUUCAUCCAGGGACUUGCUGACAUUGCUCACGAACAUCUACGGAAGGAAGAGCCCUGCUCGGCUCAAAUGACUCUACGCUGCCAAAGGGUGCCGCAGCGAUCGCUGCCUGGAACAGAAAAAGUUCUUCGCUGGUAA